GCCAGUUCCGGGAUUCCGACAUCGGCCUAGCCAGCGAGCUAACGGGGCUGCUAGCGGCUAACUCAAGGAGGACCCAAACCACCCUCACCCUACAGGCAAGGCAGCUCGCAUGUCCGGCUCUGGCUGCUUGAUUUACCCGCCGUUCGUGGUGACUGUUUAGCCCAAAGUAGCCACAGCCAGCCCGCCAGCGAAAUCUAUUCGAAUAAGCGAGUGUGAAGCUACAAUGCUAACCAGGGCUCUCCUACAGCUCACAUAGCCAGUGGCUGAAAGACUACCGGUUUGACAAAGAAAAAAAAAAAGGAGUAAAAUGGAUCAGCCUACAUAACAUCACUGCUGCACAUGGCUUUGUUUUGGAGAUGUAAAAUGGGAACAGAGGUCUGUCUGCAGAGAAUUUGGAGGUUUCGGAGGUCUCUACACGCAGACCCGGCCAAGAGCGGCGACACCUCGGUGACAUCCACGGGGCUUCUUUUUGGAAUGAGUUGAUUUUGUCUCCAUAUUUACACAAAGACUGAAGGCAGGGGUCUUAAUAGAUCCAACGGACUUUGCUUGGGUUUAUUUUACUUGUGAAGGCAAGGAUAGAUAUCAUUUAAGGUUUUUUGUUUUGUUUUGAGCAGCUUUUUAAAAAUAGAUUCCAGCUGGACUUUUGUUUUGAUGUCGGGCGACUUCCCACAACUGGUUUGAAAGUGAAUUUGUUUGUUUAGUUGUUUUCCCCCUGCUGUCUUAGUUCGAAACGCUGGAACUGUUCCCUCUGCCGCCAUCCUCAGUUUCUUCCACCCACCCAGUGCCUAUAUAAGCCCUCUCGGGACAAUCACAGAAGUCAUCAGCAGCUGCUACGCUCAAUCCUCUGCCUGUUCUCCUCCAUGUGCUUCUGCUCCUGGCCUGCUGGCUAUCUACCCACUACCUCUUUAAUUUCCUCGUUUCUUUUUUUUCUAUACCUUUUUUUCCUAAGAGGCAUAAUCAGAACACUAGCACAGUGACAAGCAUUAAUGUAAACAGAGUUGUAAGAUUUGAGAGAAACCUAGAUUGCGCCAAAUUUGGAUGCGUAUGCAAGUGUACAUGCACAGUGUUAAGGUUGCACUGGUGCCAGGGAGCAGUUUAAGAUUAGAUUUAUUUAUAUUGUUGCAAAUUAAAUUAAAGCCAUAAAAAUAUUUAUGAAUUACCUACACAUAUUUUUGUAUCACAUUGCUCUUGUAUAGUUUGCUUUUAUAUGCUUCUGUUAAGAUUAUGCACACAAAUUAAAUAUCUACAACAAGCUGCACACAUACAAGUAGAGCUGUAUAUUGCUAUAUGAAAAACGAUCUCUGUUUUUGAGUGAUUAUAUUAGUGCUGGGAGAUAUUUUGUGUGGGGACGAAGAGACUCCCUCAUGUUUCUGUUGACUUGCUGCUUUGCAUAGUGUUGGUUUUCUUCUCCAGUCUGUAGUCAUGGCCCCUCCUCCCACCCAAACGCCAUCUUUGUCAUUUUGACCCGUAAAGCGCACUUUGCAGUAGGUAGACAGUAGAUAUCUACCUCUCUCUCUCUUCCUCCCCUCUUUCGCUCUGUCUCUGAUGCCGGGCUUCAGUGGUGGGGGGGUUGGGGGAGGAGUAGGUGGCCCAGCUUCUGCUCCUCCCCGUGCGUUUCGACCCAGCCGAUAUGUCCCGGUGUCUGCAGCCACCUUUUUCCUUGUUGGAUCCACCACCCUGUUCUUCGGCUUCACGUGCCCGUGGUUGUCAGAGUACUUCUCCGCUGUCAUUCCCAUCUACAUUGCUGUGAUCUUCCUCUUCACCCUCGCCAACUUCUGCAUGGCCACUUUCAUGGACCCUGGUGUCUUCCCCAGAGCGGAGGAGGAUGAGGAUAAAGAGGAUGAUUUCCGAGCUCCACUCUAUAAGACGGUGGAGAUCAAAGGCAUCCAGGUGCGCAUGAAGUGGUGCUCAACCUGCCGCUUCUACCGGCCGCCACGCUGCUCGCACUGCUCAGUCUGCGACAACUGUGUGGAGGAUUUUGACCACCACUGUCCGUGGGUGAACAACUGCAUUGGUCGGAGGAAUUAUCGCUAUUUCUUCCUGUUCCUGAUAUCACUUACCACCCACAUUGUGGACGUGUUUGGGUUUGGCUUGGUUUAUGUCCUACAUCACCGCCAUCAGCUGGAUACACCACAUGCUGCUGUCACUAUGGCUGUGAUGUGUGUGGCUGGUCUGUUUUUUGUCCCAGUUGCUGGCCUGACUGGGUUUCACAUGGUGCUGGUGGCCCGCGGCAGGACCACAAACGAACAGGUGACAGGAAAGUUCCGGGGUGGCGUUAACCCUUUCACCAAUGGUUGCUUGAGGAAUAUUUCACAUGUGCUCUGCAGCUCCCAGGCCCCCAGAUACGUGGGUCGAUGGCGGAGCCCUAAGUCUGUGGAAAUACAGCCACCAUUUCUUAUACCAGCUCUCACUGAGGCCCAGCUGGAAGCAAAGGUCCUGGACAAUGGCAUCCAGAAUGACCGACACAGCGCCCGGUCCAAGAGCAGUCUAGAUCAGAUGGAGAGCCAGUCAGCUGAUGCAGAGCCUCCACCUCCUCCAAAGCCAGAAAUGCGUUACCCUGGCCUGCCCCGUGCUGACACGGAGGAGAGCAGUUUGUUGACUGAAGCUCCACCUACACCGUCAAUGUACAAGUACCGGCCAGCCUACAACAGCCCAGGAAGGAACCACACUGCCCUCACACACCCCAACAAGAUGAUUCGGGGUGAGAGUCUUGACUCUCCAUCUCCCUCUAUCCUCCAGUCCAGCCGUCAGCCUAGCUAUCGCUCGGAGCCGAGCAGCCUGGACGGGGCCACGGUGGUGGGGGGAGGUGUGGGGGCACGCAGAGGGGCGGGGGAGAGGGGUGAGGGCCCCGGAGGCCCUGGCGGGACCACUGGGGCGGUGUUGGGGGGCAUGUCAGGUUACUCCCUGACUGGGCGCUCCUACACCUCCUACCCAUCUUCUCUCGUUUUGUCCAUGGGUGGCUCGCACUCCUCCAGCAUGCGCUCGGCGCACACAGCACACAACCCGAUGGCCACGCUCCAAUCAGAAGGCACCACAGACACCAGCUAUAAAAGCCUGGCCAAUCAAACGCCUCGGAAUGGCAGCCUGUCCUAUGACAGCCUACUGACGCCAUCCGAAAGCCCAGAGUUCGAGUCGGCUGCCCACGAGCUGUCGCCGCACAAGCCUCAUGCUCCAUUUCCCUCUGUGACUAGAACAGGCCAGCUUGAGAUGGUGUCACCCAGUAGCCCGUUGCAGGGCUACAUGUCGCCCUUCCUCUCAGCUCAGAUUGCCCAGCAGAGGGAGGGGCAGCUGCUCCAGGGCUCUGCCACUUUCUCCUCCCCUCACAGGGCCUACCUGCGUGCCGUCAGCCCUCCCCCUUCCUCCACUGGGCUUCCUGAGACCCAGUACCUGCUCCAGCAUAACCAGGACUCUUCUUCCCGAGGCCCACGUAACCCUUCCUCCUCAUCCCCUGGGGCUCGCUCACUCGAGCCGCCUGUCUCCCCGCCACCACGCGGCCUCUCCCUUGGCAAGUCCCAGACUUACACCGGGGAGACAGGGCCUCAGCACAAGCCUAGACCUGCAGGAGGAGGCGCUGUGCUGGGAGGGGCAGGAGCCGGAGGAGGGCAACAGGCUCCACACCCUCCUCUUCCUCCCUGAUCUGUGUGAGUCUUCCUUUUCCUAUUCCAUGGUUUACAGCCAGUCUUCUCAUGUGCUGUGCAAGUUUUAUUGAGUCAGGUAUUAGUAUGUGUUGAUCAGUGUUAAAAGCAUGCCACUGUGUGUUUACCUCUGUGAAAGCAUGUCCAACCACGCUGCUGUUUACGGUCCUGUUCUCACUCUGUUUCGUGACCAAAUGCCUUAACGAUCAUUGGUAGACAAAUGUUUAGCUUUUUGUGCUUUUGUUUAUUUUUGAAGUAGAACCACUCACCUCCACAUCCCUUUCUCCUCCUACACUCCCCCCCUCCCCUUCCCUUCUUCGUGGCUGUCCGAUUCAGAUUUACCUCUCGCCCAGUCUUGGCCAAUCACACCACAUCCAAACCAGGGGGCGGGGUGAAGAAGGUGACCGGCGUCGGAGGGACUACUUAUGAGAUAUCGGUUUGAGUGACAGACGCCCUUCAUGGUCUAUCACUAUGGGGGGAAAGGGACUCGACUUCUUCCAUUGAGCUGGAUAUUAUUCACGACUGCAGGCUCCUCAAAAAUGACAGUUUUCUUCUGCAGCGGACGAAAGGAACAAUCCUGUCUGGUACUCAACUUUGUUACCUUUGUAACGCCACUGGCCAUUCGUCUCCGCCAGCCUUUCAGAUUUGAACAAAGAGGAACCGGGGACACUGGUUCAUGUUUCCACAGGAUCAAUAUGUGUCCAUUUAGCCACUUUGUGAGCCAUAGACUGAUGUUAACGCAUCAUCAGAGCUUGGUACAGAUUUUGUCUAUAGAACACACAUAGCUUUUCACUGAUUUGCGGUUUUACUUUGGUACCUUAGCACAGUACGGAGUGCUGACAGCAGCGUCCUCCGCUUUAAGAAAGGAUGGCCUUUAACCAGUGGAUGUAAAAUAAGAGAGGGAGGAUUUAGGACUGUCGACCAAUUGAAACGCCUUCUUUUCCACUGUAUGAACGGACCACGCAGCCUGGUGAUUUGUUUAGAGUCGUGGAGAAAAGAGUCCAACCUAUUAACACAGUAUCAUUUAGUUUUAUAAAUCUUUUUUAAGUAUUGUUUUAUAUACAUGUAUUAUUAUAAUUACCGGGUCAAAUUGUCAGGUAUUGAUGAGGGUGGCAGAUGUAAUGUGUGUAAUUAUUCAUGAGAGCGGUUCCAAAUCAGUUGCCUGUCUAUAUUUGAUGGCUGCAUCAGCCACUCACAAGCUCUUGCUGGAGGUUUCAUCGUCCAACGAGAAGGACGAUCCUUUGUCGAUAGCGGAUGUGGCAGGUCAUCAAGCUUAAUUAUCAAACGCCACAAAGAAAUUCUAAAUCACGAUUCCAGCACAAGCAACUUUGUGGAAUGUACGCUUGUAAUGUUUAUGCCAGAGACAUUAUGCAAAAUCUGUUUGUAGCUUUAAGAUCCUUUCAUGUCUUUUGGGUGUUUUUUGUUUCUUCCUCUUUUCUGUGCUGUUUUUGUCAGUCAGUCAUGAUGCUAGCAGAACCUUUAACAGAUGGCCAGCCAAAUAGGUGCAGCGAGGGAAGGGCUUAUUUAUUUCACCAGACAAGACAAUGCUGUAGUUCUGGACACCAUUAAUUUCAAACCAGUCUCUACCAGUUUGCUUUUAUUGAGAAGUUUUUUUUUUUCUUUGAAAGGAAGCUAAUGAAUUAAAUGGAAUAUGCAACUGAGUAGAUUUUUAAGGAGGGACUGGUUUGCAACUGGAUACUUUUUUUGCCUUGAGACCAUUCAUAGUGAAGCAAUCGCAUUUUUUAUUGUUUUUUUUAAUUGAUUUAAAUUUUUUACACUUCUCAGAAAAAGUUUUUGGAUUGACUUGUUAAUUUUGAAAAUAAUUCCCUGAAGGUUCAAAUAUUUUUUUACCCACAGCCAUGAGUUGAGAACGGAAUAAUUACAGGAAAGGAGAUGAGUUUGUCUGUCAGGAUUUGGCAUUACAGUAAAGAUGCAUUUAAUUUUCUUUUCCCAUCGAGGCCCACAGCAGCGUCAGCAGCAGGAGGUCGAAGCUGGCUUUAAGUAGCACAUGUUUGGGGGAACGUACAUGCUUGAAGCACACAAGAACCAUCAUUCAGCCAACACGACUGUGUUACUAGUUUUCGGGCUUUGUCUUCUGUGUGCAUGCGGUUUUGGUUUUGUCGUGCUUGAAUGCUUCACUGGCGUGCGUACCUGUGAGAAUAUUGUCAAAUGCCUGCCUGGUUCAUGUGUAGGUGGUAACGAGAAAAGAGUCAUUAAUGGCACCAGCAGCCAUCGUUUGGAGAUAAAGAGAACCAGUGUUACUUUCUUCCUUCUCUGGCCAAGGAUGGUGACCAUUGAACAAUUUGAAACUUAUCUGAGAGCAGUAAGUAUACUUCUAUGUGAGAUAACAAUAUCGCUAUUGUGGGCUGUGAUGAAUGGAACGAGUUUCACAAAUAUCUGUAACGAGUACAUUAAAGACAUUUCCAAAAUGGCCUUAAAUCAAGAGUUUUUAAAAAAAAGAUGUCUUCUCAGAAUAAAAAGGUCAAUCUGAUGAAAAACUGAA